AAAAGCCAGCAAAACGUCAAGUCAAACGUAAAAAUUCUUCUGGUGUGCCGUUUCCAAUAAAUUUUUGUUAUUGUAAAUAAUGAAUUUUAUUCCGUUUUGACGCGUUAUUCUACCGUGGUUCCUAGCAGAAAUAAUUGCAACCAUAGAUUUAAGGUGCAUUGUGUGGAUAUUUAUCAUCAAUUAGUGUCAUUUCGCGUUUUAGCUUUAAGCAAUUUGGCUUGAUUUGUACAAUCAUUAUUAUCAACACAGUAUCUAGUCAAACUUAUCCGGCUCUUGGUAAAUCACUUCUCCGGUUCCUGAUUCCUGCUUCAUCCUAUGGCAGCGCAAAGGCAAAGCAUGACCGAUUCACUGCCUUCGUUUGUGACUGAAAUUGAUAUCAAUGAAAUAGAAACUAUCGGGACAGUAGGAAAAGGAUCCUUCGGAAUUGUCAUCAAAGCCAAAUGGAAGAACAAUUUUGUUGCCGUAAAGUACAUUGAAGUCGAAGCGGAUCGUGAUGCAUUUAUCACUGAAGUGUGCCAGCUUUCCCGGGUUGCUCACCCGAACAUCAUCGGACUGUACGGAGCUUGCACGAAGCGCCCAACUGUUUGCCUGGUGAUGGAGUAUGCCGAUGGCGGAUCCUUACAUACGGCCUUGCACUGUCGGCCAAAGCCUUUCUAUACGGCCGCCCAUGCCAUGAGCUGGGCGAGACAGUGUGCGGAGGGUGUGGCAUACCUGCACGACAUGGCUCCGAAGGCUAUGAUACAUCGAGAUUUAAAACCACCCAAUCUGUUGCUAGUCCGAAAUGGCACAGUGCUCAAAAUCUGCGAUUUCGGUACCGUGACAGACAAGUCAACAAGAAUGACCAACAACAAGGGCAGUGCCGCUUGGAUGGCACCGGAGGUGUUUGAAGGAUCUACCUACACGGAAAAAUGCGAUGUGUUCAGUUGGGGCAUCAUCCUGUGGGAAGUUAUUGCCCGGGAGCAACCGUUCAAGAGCAUGGAAAAUCCAUACGCCAUCAUGUGGAAAGUGCAUCAGGGCAGUCGACCACCGUUAAUCGAGGGCUGCCCCAAGCCUCUCGAGGAACUGAUGAUAAACUGCUGGACUCAGAAUCCUGCCAACAGGCCGUCGAUGCAGGAAGUAGUCGAUAAGAUGAACCAACUGUGCAAAUUCUUUCCGGGAGAAUUUGAACCAAUUGUGUAUCCUAAUGAAGAUGAUGAUGAUGAUAAGGCAUCUUCAUACUCCCGUGAAGACAGCACCCUGGACACAAACCAGUAUGGUACAGGUUCGAACAUCAGUUCACUAUACUACGGCAAAACGCAUGGCACGAUAACGUCCCAUAACACCAUCAACACCAAUACACCGAUAGCGGCAAGCGGCAGCAAUGUUUCACGCUUUUCCGGUUACCGCACGAAUGACUACCGUAGCCCGGCUAGGAACGCUUACACGAGAGGGUCGGAUUACGGAAGGUAUCAAAUAAAUGAUACCGUUAGCAGUAACCAUUAUACUAGAAGCUCUCGUCCAUCGAUGGGUGGGUACGGUAGUUCCGAUUUAAAUUUUCGGAACUCUUCGCUGCGAAGGAAUCGGGGCAGGUCGCCUCCGUCACAUAUAGCAGAAAUGAGCAAUGACGCUUCUCCAGUGCCUAGUCGUUUGAACAAUCAAUUGAGUUUAUCCAUAGAUCCGUCUAUGACGUGGAAAGAUAUCAAUACCGGAGAGGCUUUACGAGAUUUAGUUGACAAUUCAUCAAACAAUCAAGGCACAGAAAGACUGGUCGUUACCAGAAGAAGCAAUGUACCAAUCGAUAACAACCUGCCGUGUACGACGGCGGCAUCCAGUGCGAUAGCGCCCAGCAAGCUAAAUGCCGGAUCUGGCAACUUUAGUACUACUAGUCAUAUGACAAAUACCUCCGGUGGCAUCAACGUGAACAGCAUCGACGCUGUGGCUGGUACAGCACGAUCUGUAUCAACAGCCACUAGCACGGAAGCCGCUCUGGACUACAAGUCUCUAAACAGCAUUUUGGACGACAAUUUGCGACCGUUAACGCCAAUCGCUGGCAAUUCUAGGUCAGAGCAGAUUCACGAUGAGCACAAAAAGCUCGUGCAGGAGUAUUGGGAGAUCCAAACACAAAUUGUUACUAGUCAAGCUCUACGUGAUAACCUACAAGCUAACAUGCCAGCGGAAGAACUGCGAUUGAAGAAAGAGUACUUAAAAAAGUUAGAGGAGAAGGAAGCGCUAAUAAAGUUUAAAGCCACCCUGCAACAGCAGCUGGACGAACGGAGGCGAAUGGCUUGUAGCGCGCAGGUGCAUACGUCUCCUGCGGUUCACAUUCAGCAGAACCAGAAUCAACAAUCGGUGCCACCUCCCAUGGCAGGUUCACCGAAUAGGUCCCAAGCUCAGAGACAAGAUUCAGCCACAGAUUCAACUUGGGUGUUGGUGAACCGAACCGAACUUGACCAAGUCCAGGCGGCGGAACAAGGGGCCGGUGGAAAUAAUCCUAGUUGAAAAUUUGCGAGCGACCAAUAGUGCUCGGAAAGCUCCAAACUUGUGAUCAAUACUGUGUACACGACCAGUGGUAUGCUGCCUUGCUGCAGCAUAAUGCUGUUCGAAAAGACGAGUGCCAAAAAUAAGAGGGAAUAUUUUUUUUCCAUUCUAUUCGAAACGAAUUCAAACCUUAGUGAUGUUGAACAUACAGUAUGUUGCGUAUUUUAUCUAUAUCAACAAUGAUACCAUUUGUAUAGACAGUAGGUUGAACGACAAUUGAUUUAUUUUAUAAUAGAAUAAGAUCGUGUAAUAAAUCGUAUUGCAUCGAAA